UCUCUCUUCUCGGUGCCUUCGUUUUGGAGUAAGUCCCGUUGGCUGGAAUGCCUUUGCCAUCUCUCUUAAAGACGCUGUUAAGGUGUCACCGCCACCAGAAAGCCUUCCCUAAGGCUCCGAAGUUGAACUGCCUCCUUCUCCGUUCUGUGCUAGCAAAGGCGGGCCUUAAUGAUCACGAGUCCCGGAAGGAGUCCAUCCAGUGAGCCCAGGCAGAACAGUCCAUUCUUGGCCUCUCCGCCUCCCACACCUUCCCCUCCGCAGCGUUACGCUAGCAAAGACCCGGUUUGGAGGCCCUGGCGCCCGCCAGCUUAGACGGCCUGGCCCAGCCUCCUCACCUCACGUGCGGGGCGCCAUCCCACCCCUCGGCGCUCCCGCCGAAGAAAUGGUUCAACCCGAGGGGGCGGUGCCGGGGUUCUUGGGCUGUUCUGAUUGGCUAGGGCGAGACAUACCACGGCGGUGGCGGGGGAGCGGUUCGCGGACGGCGCGUAGCGGGCUCGGACGCUGUGUCAACAGCCUCAGAUUCGGGUUGGGAUCCCACCCGGCCUCCUGCGCGGAGUUGUGCAGGCUGCCUGCCGGGAUGCAGUGGGCUGUGGGUCGGCGGUGGGCGUGGGCCGCGCUGCUUCUGGCUGCCGCGGCUGUGCUGGCGCAGGUCGUCUGCCUCUGGCUGGGAACUCAAAGCUUCGUCUUCCAGCACGAAGAGAUAGCGCAGCUGGCGCGGCAGUUCGCGGGGCUGGACCACGAACUGGCCUUCUCCCGGCUGAUCGUGGAGCUGCGGCGGCUGCACCCAGGCCAUGUGCUGCCGGACGAGGAGCUGCAGUGGGUGUUCGUGAACGCAGGCGGCUGGAUGGGCGCCAUGUGCCUACUGCACGCCUCGCUGUCCGAGUACGUGCUGCUCUUCGGCACCGCCCUGGGCUCCCGCGGCCACUCGGGGCGCUAUUGGGCUGAGAUCUCGGACACCAUCAUCUCUGGCACCUUUCACCAGUGGAGAGAGGGCACCACCAAAAGUGAGGUGUUCUACCCAGGAGAGACAGUGGUACACGGACCUGGUGAGGCUUCGGCUGUGGAAUGGGGGCCAAACACAUGGAUGGUGGAGUAUGGCCGGGGUGUCAUCCCGUCCACUCUGGCCUUCGCACUGGCUGACACAGUCUUCAGCACCCAGGACUUCCUCACCCUCUUCUAUACUCUUCGUGCCUAUGUCCGGGGACUCCGACUUGAACUCACCACUUACCUCUUUGGCCAAGACCCCUGACCAGUCAGGCCUAGAGAAAGACCUGCAGAUGGACAGGAGCGGGUGGGCCUGCACAUGCCCACUUGCUGGAGCCCAUAUGUCCAGAGACAUACACCAUGCAGACACUGAGUUCCUGGUGUAUAAACAGGGACAUACAUGCUUAUCCAGCCAAACACGGAGAACCAUGCGGAAUAUAUGGGACACAUAUGCAGAUACUAAGACCCAUGUGUAUGGCAGCACCAUGCACUCACACCCAUCCAGAAGGGAGCCCCACAUAUACCAAGGGGGUGAUUCAUGUUCAAACAUACGUCCCAAGCAUGACUCACUAACUCAGGCCUUUCCAGAGCUUCCCCAGUCCCAAUCAGGACUCUGGAGUUAAGAAUGGGGGUGGGAAUCAAACUCGGCCAGGUUCUGAUCCCUCAACCCAGCAGAAGUUUAUGGGGGUGAGAGGGAAGAGGAGCUGCCCUUUAGAGGCCUCCUUCCCCUGCAGCUAUUAUUCCUUUCCCCUUCAUCUCCCCUGUCCUCACCAUAGGCCUUAUCCCCAUUCCACACCCCUGCUAUGCAAGGGCCCAUGUGGCCUGUUCCCCCACCCUUCAGUAACCAAGUCAGCUGGGAACCAGAGAAAUGUGGAGAAUGCUGAGGUCAGAGUCUUCCUUGCCCGGAGGACCCCCAUUCUCCUCUCGGGGAUAUGAUGGGAAGACUGGCCUCAGCCCAGGGUCCAUACUGGAGAGAGUACCUGGAGAGGUGGGCCUAGGUCCAAGGAGCUAUCCCUGAUCUAGAGAAGGCCUGUGCUGCACCCAUAUCCCCAUCGCAGCUUCCAGACACUGACCCUGCCGCAUUCUCUGUCCAUCUGUCUGUUAAUAAAGACCUGUUGAACAGUU